AUGGCUUCCUCUCUCCAGCUUCUUCUCGUCUUUAGCUUCGUCUUCACGGUCCGUUUCUCUGUCGCUCAGAAUCCCAGCUUGGGGAACGCUAAGGUGCUUCGCGUAAGCAAAGAUGCAUCGACGCUCCAGUACUGGACCCAGCUGUAUCAGGGCCCAGAAAUGGCGCCCGUCAAGCUCGUCGUGGAUCUCGGCGGCCCGUUUACCUGGCUUGACUGUGGUUCCGGGCGCGUGUCUUCGACGCGUCGUCGCGUCCGCUGCGGGUCGCUCGGGUGUUCGGCCGCCAAGGCCGGUGGCUGCUUCUCUGAGGCCGAAGCUUGUAGGCUCGACACCGUCAACGCCGUCAUACGGCUGGAAUCGACCGGCGAGCUGGCGGAGGACAUCAUGGCCGUUGAUCAGAUGGGUCUGGGGUUGAGCCCGAUCACCGCCGUUGACCACUUCCUGUUCUCGUGCGCGCCGUCUUGGCUGGUAAACGGGCUAGCUAGUGGGGCCCAGGGCAUGCUGGGGCUCGGGAGGUCCCGAAUCUCACUGCCGUCUCAGCUCGCCGCCGUUGACCGGAAAUUCGCUGUCUGCCUGUCUCCGGCGGCCGGCUUCGUCCUCUCCUGCGACCGGCCUUUCCCAUACCCGCUUACGUACACGCCCCUCGUCUCGAACCAGGUGGCCGGCAAAACCGAACCCGACUACUACAUCAACGUCAGGUCCAUCAAAAUCAACGGCAAGAAACUGUCGCUCAACACAUCCCUCUUGUCACUGGGAACCAAACUAAGCACAAUCGUGCCAUACACCACAAUGGAGAGCUCAAUAUUCGAGACAUUCGCCCGAGCAUACACCAUGGUGGCGGCCGCCAUGAACCUGACGAGGAUGGAGGCGGUGGCUCCGUUUGGGGCAUGCUUCAGGUCAGACAGGACGGCGCCGGCGGUAGAUCUGGUGCUGCAGAGCGAGAUGGUGAAGUGGAGGAUCCAGUCGAUGGUGGAAGUUGGUGGCGGGGUGAUGUGCUUGGGAUUCCUGGACGGUGGGUCGAGCCAAAGGGGUGGAAUUAUUUUAGGGGGCUAUCAAUUGGAGGAUCAUUUGCUGGAGUUCAAUUUGGGGACUUUGAUGCUUGGGUUUAGCUCCUCGCUGCUGAAGGGCCAAACUAGUUGCUCUGAUUUUGGCUUGUUUUCAAGCCCCAUUGAGAGAGCCUGA